AUGGGUGAAUCAUUGUUUUCUACAGCGAGUGGCAAGUCAGUAACGAUAUCUGAUGAAUCAAUGAAUCGAGCUAAAGAAAAGAUGGGUGAAUCAUUGUUUUCUACAGCGAGUGGUAAGUCAGUAACGAUUUCUGAUGAAUCAAUGAAUCGAGCAAAAGAGAAAAUGGGUGAAUCAUUGUUUUCUACAGCUCGAGGUAAACCUCUUGAGAUAUCUGAUGAAUCAAUGAAUCGAGCUAAAGAAAAGAUGGGUGAAUCACUGUUUUCUACAGCGAGUGGUAAGUCAGUAACGAUUUCUGAUGAAUCAAUGAAUCGAGCUAAAGAAAAGAUGGUAACGAUAUCUGAUGAAUCAAUGAAUCGAGCUAAAGAAAAGAUGGGUGAAUCAUUAUUUUCUACAGCGAGUGGCAAGUCAGUAACGAUAUCUGAUGAAUCAAUGAAUCGAGCUAAAGAGAAAUUGGGUGAAUCAUUGUUUUCUACAGCUCGAGGUAAACCUCUUGAGAUAUCUGAUGAAUCAAUGAAUCGAGCUAAAGAAAAGAUGGGUGAAUCACUAUUUUCUACAGCUCGAGGCAAACCUCUUGAGAUAUCUGACGAAUCAAUGAAUCGAGCAAAAGAGAAAAUGGGUGAAUCAUUGUUUUCUACAGCUCGAGGCAAACCUCUUGAGAUAUCUGAUGAAUCAAUGAAUCGAGCUAAAGAAAAGAUGGGUGAAUCAUUGUUUUCUACAGCGAGUGGUAAGUCAGUAACGAUAUCUGAUGAAUCAAUGAAUCGAGCUAAAGAAAAGAUGGGUGAAUCAUUAUUUUCUACAGCUCGAGGCAAACCUCUUGAGAUUUCUGAUGAAUCAAUGAAUCGAGCAAAAGAAAAGAUGGGUGAAUCAUUGUUUUCUACAGCGAGUGGCAAGUCAGUAACGAUAUCUGAUGAAUCAAUGAAUCGAGCUAAAGAAAAGAUGGGUGAAUCAUUAUUUUCUACAGCUCGAGGCAAACCUCUUGAGAUUUCUGAUGAAUCAAUGAAUCGAGCUAAAGAAAAGAUGGGUGAAUCAUUAUUUUCUACAGCGAGUGGUAAGUCAGUAACGAUAUCUGAUGAAUCAAUGAAUCGAGCUAAAGAAAAGAUGGGUGAAUCAUUAUUUUCUACAGCGAGUGGUAAGUCAGUAACGAUUUCUGAUGAAUCAAUGAAUCGAGCUAAAGAGAAAUUGGGUGAAUCACUAUUUUCUACAGCUCGAGGCAAACCUCUUGAGAUAUCUGAUGAAUCAAUGAAUCGAGCAAAAGAAAAGAUGGGUGAAUCAUUGUUUUCUACAGCGAGUGGUAAGUCAGUAACGAUUUCUGAUGAAUCAAUGAAUCGAGCAAAAGAAAAGUUGGGCGAAUCAUUAUUUUCUACAGCGACUAAAGAGAAAUUGGGUGAAUCAUUGUUUUCUACAGCGAGUGGCAAGUCAGUAACGAUAUCUGAUGAAUCAAUGAAUCGAGCUAAAGAGAAAUUGGGUGAAUCAUUGUUUUCUACAGCGAGUGGCAAGUCAAUGGGUGAAUCAUUAUUUUCUACAGCGAGUGGUAAGUCAGUAACGAUUUCUGAUGAAUCAAUGAAUCGAGCAAAAGAGAAAAUGGGUGAAUCACUAUUUUCUACAGCGAGUGGGAAGGAUGUGCCCGUUACUCCUCUUCAAAUGCAGCAGGCAAACGCUCUACUUGAGUGUUUGGCUGAUCAAGAAAAUCAUUGUGUUUCUUCGCUUCAUGCUUUGCCUGGAUCGCCUCAGAAAAAUGAUUCUCCCGUAUCGCUUUUAUCCAAUCGCCAGCGAAUUGAAUGUGAGGCAGGCAAUGAUGGUCCAAUCAAGCCUCAGCUCUCUGCUCCUCUUCCUCCUCCAAAGAAUAAUCCCCGUCCAUCCAUUCCGAAGAAGAAGAAGAAGAAGCGAACUGGAUAUGUUCCAAUCAAAAUCAACAACAACAAUUUUAUAUAUGAAUCAUCCGAAGAACGGAAGAACUAUUCUUCAAAACAAAAUGAUGCCUCGCAUGUCGACACAGUACUUCUCUCUUUAAUGGAUCGAUCAAAUUACCAUGAAGCCACCUCCGAUCUCCACCCAUUUAGUUUUUCUACACUCACAAAACAAUUUGAUUCUCCAUUUUCUUCCUAUUACAAAGAUCUUUUCAGCACUGUGAUGAAAUCAAUCGAGGAAAACAAUUUACUUAACGAACGGAACGCGCUCACUGCAGUGGACAUUCAAUUCACAAUGAGUCACUGCCAAUACGAAGCUCAAACAAAGCUCAAAGAAGUACUAACAAAGUCUGGAGUUUCGCAAUUCAUCCUUUCGAUCAAUCACCGAAACAGUGAAUUUGUAUUGUAUGAAGGAGACGAUCCGAUGUCUCUUCCCUCAUCAUUCUAUACAGACGAAUCGGACAACCCAUCGCCCAUGUUUUCGCGUCUAAUUCAACUUUUGUCGGCUGCUGGAGCGGAUCCAACUCUUCUGUCGGUUGCUUGGAUUCGAUGUCAAUAUCGCAAUAUCAUUUGGAAACAGAGCAGCAAGGUGAAGUGGAGCGGCGAGUGUACUCAUCUUCAGCUUCGCUUUAUCAUCAGACAACUUCUAUGGAGAUAUAUUACAGAACUAUACAUAUCCUUUUUCACAACAAAACCUCCUCCUCUAAAACGAAUUGUACAGCGAGAUGAAGCAGAAACUCGCUUCAUUGUUUUGUUAGUUUCCGAUAUUCUAAAAUCUCCUCCGCUUCCUGACUUCGAUUAUCUUUCGGACCCCGAAUCCAACUCUGCUGCUGACACAAACAACGAUUCAAAGCCAGACUCGACCUCCAAAUCCGAAGCUCCUCCUGCCGGAGUAAUCGAAUUGACCGAUGGAUGGUACUUUAUCGAAGCAAUUCUGGACGCUUCCCUCACGAUUCUCCUCCAAACCCAUCAAAUCUACCCCGGAUUAAAGCUUCGCAUCGCGUGUUCGCACAUGCGAAACAACGAGAACGGCUGUGCUCCGCUCGAAAUCACCACGAAUCAGCCUCGCCGCCCCUGCUCUGCGUUCUUCAACUCGUUCUCGGAAGAAGUUCCAAUCCGCUUUUACACAACCGACGGUCUGUCCACGCCCCAAUUGAUGCUGCAGUACAACGGAACGCGUCGUGCGGCAUGGAAUAGUUAUCUGGGAUUCACCACCACCCACGUUUUCAAUACGAACAUCAACGACUGCAUCAGCAAUGGAGGCAUGAUUCCUCAGACCGAUGUGCUGAUUACGCGCAAGUAUGGCGUUCGCUAUCAAGAAUCCAUCGACGAGAAGAAGAUCUAUCGGAACCAAAGUGAAGAGGAUGAAGAGCAGAAGCGAUGGGAGUUACGAAGAGAACGUGUGACGAGUGAAGUGCUCGCGCAACAUGACGCUCCAGAAUUGGAAGGAGUGGACGAAUCGCAAGAGCUGUCGCACACGCAGCAAAUGAUGGAAGAGAAGCACAGAACGAAAGUCAUGGAAGCGCACCAACACGAACUCGAAGAGAAAAUCAACGAAGCUUUAGAAAAGGAAGGCAUCAAAGAGCGAUCCGUUCAAAUGAUCGGGUAUUUGAAAGUCAUUUCUCCUUAUCGAUUCAAAGAGAACAAACAAUUCGAUGUCUCUUGUCUUUCUCUCAUGGCCGAUCCGCAUGCCAACCCGGUAAUCGGAGCUCAUCAUCACCUCUACACAUCGAUUAACGUUACUUUAUGGGACACAUCGCCUGCAGUCAUGGACUCUCUCUCCGAAGGCAGCAUUUACCGCGUCACCAUGCUUCAAACGCCCCCCAAUAAAUUCCGCUCGUUCGAUUCUCUCUCCGUCUAUACGUCCAACACCACUCAUUGGGAAGACGUCACUGCAGAAUACCGAAAACUCCGAGACAAAGCAGCGACCGGCGAAAUGGACGAUCCGCGCGGUCUGUAUCGCGAAAACGUCUUUGAUCACUGGGAGCCGCGCCGAAUUAGCUCGCUUCACACCGACGACUUUGUGAUCAACAAGGAUUACGACCUGCUUCUCUUCUUUUUGCAUUGCAGCGAGAAGAAAGAGCGUGACUUUGACUCUGCGAGUUGCUAUUACGACGUGACCUGCUGCGAUUUAUCGGGACAUAUCGCAGUGAUCUCCGUGAACGAAAGCCUCUUUGUACCUUUAUCUCGCUGA